UCAUCAUAUCUCCUGCUCGCUGCAUCGUCUCGUCGCCCGCGUUGUCAUCGUCGCUCGUCAUCACCGCGCUACCUCUCAUCGCAUCGCAUCGCACUGCAUCGUUGCUACCCUAUGAUCGCCUACAUCAAUCGUUACGCCUAGCACCGUCUAUUCUCGCCAUGCUCGUCGCACCAAAACGUGUACCAUAUGUACGAUAUAUCCGGGGUCGCCGUCGUGGCUGUCUUGUUAUCAAGUGUACUUGUACGUUUUCUCUAUCGCCGUCAUCGCCACACACAUACCGCAUAUAGCAUGCUACCCUACGAUCGUGGACUCCGGUUCAUACCUAACGCUCGGUGUCUCGUUUUCUCUCGGCAUUUGUUGACAUUGUGUACAAUAGCGCAUCGUCGUCGUACACUACAUGACUUUUCUCAUCGUGGCCGGUCUUUGGGUUGUUCGUUUUCGGGUGUACGAGUCAUUUCGCAUGGGUAAUGGAGGGCAUUAUUGGGACUCUGUUAUUACUUACGCUUACUGUGUCUC